AUGGGUGAUAUAUCAUUUGAGCCGUCAAACCUUCAAUUCAUUGCGGAUGCUCUGGAGAGGGAUCAAGUAAGCUCAAGGAAACCUUCGACUUUAGCGCCGGGGUCGAGCGAGCUCUAUUCCAUUCACCCGCUUUCCACGAAUACGAUGAUCUACUCUGGGGAAUUCUCUCACUGGAACUUCUCACGCAUGAUCCGCCGGAAAUUACAAAGCCUGGGAAACGACCCCGACGACAGCAUGGUAGUGUUCUUUUGCUCCAUGUCCUCAUGCACGGGAGACUCCCACACAGCUCAUGAUCCUUUCCGUGCAACUGGUCUUCAGUCUCCUAGUUCAAUUAUUGCUUCAGCCAGGAAGUAUUUUCCGCCGCGACAUAUUGCAGAUUUUUUGUUGGAGACAUUUCUUGAAUACACCCUGACGAAUUAUUACUAUUUCGAUGAAACAGAAUUCCGGCAGAAGUUAGACUACUAUUAUGCUGAGGAUCGGUACCUAGAUAUCAACGACGCCGGCUGGAUCUGUACCCUUUUCAUGACGUUCGCAUCUGGGACUCAGUUCGCUUACAUGCAUGCUAGCCGGCCUCCAUACUUGCAGAGUAUGUCCGGUGAAGAUCACCUACCUGAUGAUACUAUUGGGCUGGCGCUCUAUAGGUUCUCAUGUCGCCUGAUUCCCGACCUUAUUACCACCGCAUCCGUCGAAACUGUCCAGGCGUUUUUGUUAUUCGGGGUUUACACAAUGCCGAUUGAUACCUCCGGCCUUGCCUAUACUUAUCUUGGGCUUGCCAUAAAGAUGGCUAUUCAGAACGGUAUGCAUCGUCAGUUUGGAGAAGAAGGUUUAGAUGCACGCACGAUUGAGUUACGGAACCGUCUUUGGUGGUCCGCGUACGCGCUGGAUAGACGGAUCAGCAUCCUUCACGGGCGCCCGGUCUCCGUGUCUCCAACUGAAAUAGACUGUGAGAUGCCUAAAGACAUACCCGAAUUGCGUCCCCCUGGCCGGGUCACAAAUCUACCCAAUCUUACUGCUACCCUCCAGCUGACUGAGCAGCUUGCGAAGGUUGCACCCAUCAUGUAA